CCUUGAUCCAGUGGUGCGAGAGUUCCUGUCCCAGCAACGAUGCCAUUGGAUUCCUGCAACCAAACCGGUACAUUUGACCUGCAAGCAUUACAUGAAGACAAGGACGACAGUACAAUGAUGACGGCAGCUGGGGCAUCGGUAGCGAAGGAUGACGAUAAGCCAGAGCCAAAGCCAGGCUUGGUAUCUCGUGUGAUGGGUUGGAUCAAGCGACAGUGGAAGCGGCUUCGCAAUCUAUUUACCUGGGAAAAAGAAACAACUUCAGCCAUUUCCAGUAAUAAGGUUGUCCGCAUUCCAGACGAUGUGACAGUCGAUGAUACCGUUAGUUGCGAACUGUCGCCUUUGCCUCAAGUGGAAGAAGGUACCAUCAUCAAGAGCCAACAACCACAACAACGACAACCUGCAGACACUACUGCAGAAAAUCCCAAAAUCAAACUUCCCCAAAUCCAAGAUUCCCGAAGAGCCUCCGUACCACCCAAAAAGACGACUAGCACUAGUAGCAACAACAAGAAGAAGGCGAGUCGAAGGGCCACCGAACCACCCCAACAAUCCGCCUCCUCUGUUCCCGCUUGGCUGGAAAAACCAAUCUUGAAACAAACCGGUUUGGGCGAUUCCAUCAAAAUGGGAGAAGCAUUGGAACGACCCAUUGCCAGAAUUAGUGAUUCUGUCAAGGAAGAAGAAAAUUCCAGUUUGGCAUGGACCAAACCCGAUUGGGCGACAGAGGGGCCCAACUUGAACCACUCGGAGCAUAAUUUGUGGUAGUCAAUACUGCAAUACAGGCAAUACUAUAUCUUUUUAAUUCCAUACAUUUCAUAUCUUCGAAGCAUGCAUUUUGGAUAUUGGCAUCAACGCGACGCCCUAACGCCUUCAGCUGGCCACU